UGCGCUGGACCAAGGGGGAGGUGCCCGGCCCCUUCGCCCGCGUCCGCCAUUUUGUUGCUGUGGCUAUUGGGAACGGGCUGGGUAAAACGGCCGGGGAGGCGCGACUCUUGUAGGAGUACGGCGCUUCUUGCGACGGCGGUGGUCGGUGCAGGCUCCUGAGGCUGCGGAGCCGGCGGGUUCCAGGACGGAAGUCACGGGAGCCACCCCUGGACGCCGAGCCCGAGGCGGCCUCCGCUACUGCUCCGCUAAGCCCACCUCGAUCCCGGGGGCUUUUGCCCAGUGUUCCCGGGCGGGCUUUUCCCGUGAGGCGGCCCGGUGCAGGCGGGCGGUGGCGGAGGAUGCUGCGGGGCCCGGAGCCUAGGGGAAGGUCCUGACCAAGCCCUCUGAUUGCUCCUCCAAGUGUUCCCCGAGGCCCUUCCUCGCCCCCAAAGCCGACUGCGAGUAAAGGCUUCACGAGCGCGAGAGAGCAGCAGACGCCGCCCAUCCCCGGGCCCAACACCAUGUCCUCCGCCAGGUUUGAUUCUUCAGACCGCUCUGCCUGGUACAUGGGACCGGUGUCUCGCCAGGAGGCGCAGACCCGUCUCCAGGGCCAGCGCCAUGGCAUGUUCCUGGUCCGGGACUCCUCUACCUGCCCGGGGGACUAUGUACUGUCGGUGUCCGAGAACUCGCGGGUCUCGCACUACAUCAUCAACUCCCUGCCCAACCGCCGCUUUAAGAUCGGGGACCAGGAGUUUGACCAUUUGCCGGCCUUGCUGGAGUUCUACAAGAUCCACUACCUGGAUACUACCACCUUAAUCGAACCAGCGCCCAGGUACCCAAGCCCACCAAUGGGUUCUGUCUCAGCACCUAACCUGUCAACAGCAGAAGAAAAUCUGGAAUAUGUACGGACUCUCUAUGAUUUUCCUGGGAAUGAUGCGGAAGACCUACCCUUUAAGAAGGGUGAGAUUCUAGUGAUAAUAGAAAAGCCUGAAGAACAGUGGUGGAGUGCCAAGAACAAGGAUGGCCGGGUUGGGAUGAUUCCUGUCCCUUACGUUGAAAAGCUUGUGAGGUCCUCACCACAUGGAAAGCAUGGAAAUAGGAAUUCUAACAGUUAUGGCAUCCCAGAACCUGCUCACGCAUAUGCUCAACCUCAGACCACAACUCCUCUACCUACAGUUACCAGUACUCCUGGGGCAGCGAUCAACCCUUUGCCAUCCACACAGAAUGGACCUGUUUUUGCAAAAGCAAUCCAGAAGAGAGUACCUUGUGCUUAUGACAAGACUGCCUUGGCAUUGGAGGUUGGUGAUAUUGUAAAAGUUACAAGGAUGAAUAUAAAUGGCCAGUGGGAAGGCGAGGUGAACGGGCGCAAAGGGCUUUUCCCCUUCACACACGUUAAAAUCUUUGACCCUCAAAAUCCAGAUGACAAUGAAUGAUUGCUGUUACUGUCCCUGCUGCUGCCUGUUCUGCCUGUCAUAGUCUCCUUUGAAGUGGGAAGCACUCUCUCACAUGCAAGUUUCACCAAGCUGCUGGUGGCCUGCUUUCCAUACAUUGAUGGUCUCCUGCACAUUUGGAAUGCCUCCAGCAGCUGCCUCUUGGCAUUUGUAUCAUAGCCAUGCUGUCAACGAGUAGCUGAUUUUAGAGUUCUUCUGGAUUAUAAACUGGAAAUACUGGUGGAAACACAAGUAGAAAGAAUUUAACAUAGAAGGGUCUUCCUUCUCAUCACUGCCUUGUCUGUACUUGAGGCUGCCUCUGUUGUGCUUGCCAUAGAGAGCGUGAGCCUGCUGACAUCUGCAUGGAGAGGGUGAGCCUCCGCAAGGCCUUGUUGUCGGUGCUCCACAGAGCAGUGGCUUUGCCACCAACUUGGGUUUUUUUGGACAACAGAAGAAGUAAAGCUCCAGACCACUUUGUCCUGAACUUCUGAAAUCUGGCUUGUUUUGGCUUUCUUUUGUUUAGUUUUGUUUUUGGAAGACUAAUUAAUUAGAGUUGUGUGUUCUGAACAGAUUUUUAAAUAGUAGGUUGGAUUUCUGUGAUAGUCUAAGGAACAGUACUUGUCCCUGAGCUUCCAAGCUGAAGCUGCUGUACGUAACUAAAAAUAUGAAAAGACACCCUGAAGUAGAGGCCUUUAUUUUAUGGUUGCCACAAUACCUUGUCCACCAUGUGGCAAACAGUUCACACAAGCAGCAGUCAUGGUGUGCCGUGCCGUGCCGUGCCGUGCUGUGUGCACCAGUGGAAGCACUAGUGUGAGGGUGUGAUCUGUGAAGCCUGUUGCUGUCACUGUUGCCACUGACAGGAGCUGAAAGGUGGCAUUCUUGGCCAGUUCUGUCUAGCUUUUCAGUGAGUAUACCCCUUAAGAACUAAAGUGAAGCUUGUGGGAUCUGGAUUCACAAGUUAAGCUGGGUCACUAUGUCUUACCACAGAGUUCACUCAGCCCUUCCUGUCCAUACCCAGUCUGCCCAGGCACCUUGAAAGUGGUGUCUCUUCUGGUUCCACAGCCUAAGUAGAGCUAGACAGUGCUCCUGAGGGGGAAAAAAAAAUACAGGCUCUGGAACCCUUAACCUAUCUCUCAUGAUCUAUUUGCAUGCAAGCCAGAUGCUACAUGCGUGUGUCUUUCCCUCACCCACACAUGGCAAAACCCGAGUUCUGGAACCUUUCUGUAGUGUGCUGUGUUCUGCUAGACCCUGAUGAGGACAAGCCUCCACACAGAACAACUCAGCAGACCUAGAAAUGUAGUAGUGGCUCAGUGAGGAGCUCUGGCAUUUACAGGAUAUCUUCUGUAACCUUGACCCUGGCUCCGGAGGCUCUUAGGCUUUGAGAACUAAUGGAGUAUAUUCAGGUGACAAAACCAACAAAACCAUUUGUCCACUAUGUCAUGCGCCUUUAAUUCCAGCACUCAGAAAGGCAGAGGCAAAUGGAUCUCCAAGAGUUCAAGGCUAGGCUGGUCUAUGUAGUGUGUAACAGGAUAGCCAGGCCUACAUUGAGAGACCUUGUCUUAGAACCCACCCCCACCCCAAGAAAAGUAUAAGGGUGUUUUGCCUGUGUAUGUGUAUGAAUAUCACAUGGGUGAAGUGCUUAAUGAGGCCAGAAGAAGGUGCUGGAUUCUAUGCAGGGGCAGCAAAUGCUCGUAACCACUGAGCCAUCUCUUGAAGCCCAUUAGUUUCUCUUUAAAUCAGUAUUCCACCAGGCUGAUGAGUACUGUAUUAAAUGUUCAUGUGACAAAAUAAUGGUCACUAGGAGUUGGUAUGUGGGAUACCUCCCUGUGUGUGGCUUUCCAGAAAAAAGUGGUAGAGAUUAACUCUUUUUUGUCUCUGAAAGCUGCCAUUUCUAGACAGACCUGUUGAGUGGGCUUACUCAAGAGUUUACACCCCAGAACUGCCUAGAACAGUGAAUGCUUGCCUUCUGGCCAGUGACCUAGUUCAGCCCCAGGCCUUGCUAUCUGCACUGGAAUACAUGCUUUGUUCAUGAAGGGCACAACCCCCAAGGAAUCACACCCCAUUACUGGGGCUUGUGUCUCAUGCCUUAUACAUGCUGGAUAAACCCUCUGUCAAAACCCUGAGCUAUCUUUUUUUGUUUGUUUGUUUUGAGAUUGGGAUCUCCACAAAUUGUCCAAGCUGGCUUCAAAAUUUCCAUCCCAGCCUCACCUGAAAUUACAAAGGUUUGAGUCACCACACCCAGCUCUUAAGGUCUUAAAACUACAUUUAACUGAAGGGCUUGGUGCCUUUUGAUUAUAGCAGCUUGCUCAGAACAAGCAGCUACUUUUGAGAACAGGGUUUUCCUUCUCCCAUACCUGUUGACCUCCGAGACUCCAUGUGGAAUCCAUGUCUAUAAGCCUGGAAUUUGAUUUAUAAAAUCAAUUAAUUUGGCCCCUGUAAAUGUCUACAGCUUCCUCAGAUCCAGAGCUUGAAGUAAAGACAUUUCUCGGGAUAUGUGCCAAAAGUAGUACUUUCCUGACUUAGAAGCUCAUCAGUUUCUAAUCAGAAAAAGUUUCAUGCUGAUAGUGGCAUCUCGCCAAAGUCCCACUCUUCUGAGAAGACACUUGGCCUCAGAGGGCAGAAGGGCUUUCCUCCUGCCGUCAUCACUGUUGCAUGGUGUGCUCUGCGGUGCUGUAGGAAGUCCUGAGAUGACGAGCCCACUCACUAUGGCUGUUUUUCUGAGAAGCUGACAAUUAGGUAGUCGAUGGCAUUGAUAGCUAGAUUAAUCCUGUUUUCUGGGCAGGACACCCACCCCACCCCGGGCAGAAGGCAUCCUUGUUACUUCUGCACUGCUCUGAGGUCACCUGCUGCAGGCUUAACAGGGUGCACUGCCUUCGGUCACCCAGACUCAGAACCCUCUGCGCUCACCGGAAGAGACUCUGUGCCCUCCUUGGAGCUGCACGUUCCUGGCACUGUGCCAGCCGUCCUCUACAGCUGUUUACAGACGAGAUGGGCCAAGACUGAUGGCCACUGCUCUUGUAACCUUUGCUCAGAAGAAUGAUGAGGUUUUUUGUUUUUGUUUUUAAGGGAUGAUGUGGUUUUGUUCCAGGUGUUUAUAAUUUAAUCUUUUAAUAUUAUGUUCAUUAACCUCUUAAAAAUGAGUGAAUUCUUGAUUGUUUUAACACAGUACCUAAGACUAAUGCUUUUUGUGGACUCCUCACCAUGGGACCAGAGAACCACCUUCCUGGUAACUGCUGUGAGUGUGGACACUGAGCUGCUGUGUGUUCUAAAGGAGCAGGACAGUUCUCUGAGACAGGAACAGUGGCCUUGCUUCUAGACGGUCUUCACUGUGUGUUUUAAAAUGACAUAAAACUCUUUUGACAUGUAUAACUUAAAGAUCAUAAGCAUCAGGCAAUAAUAUUUUCUGUGUAAGCUUUUAAAAUUAUUUUUGGGGAUCAUAGCUUGUUUUAUUUUGUGCUAUAAAAUUAACAGUAUUAAAUGACUUAUAUUCUUAGAAUACAUUGAGUGUCUUUUCUUAACAGAUUAGUGCCUUUUUAUUUUUGUAUUCCAUUUUACGUUACUGGUCCCAGCAUCAAAACCCUUGUUUCCAUGGCCUGUUUGUACAUUGUCUCAAUAAAACGUGCACCAGCCGGCAGUGGCAGCA